AUGACAAGGAGCUAUAUAAUCCCUCUUCUUUUCCAAGAACAACGACAUGCUCUUAGAUCUGGAAGGCUAGAAGAGAGAGUAUCAACUUGGGUUUGCGGAUGCCAGCUUGGCUCCGAAUCGUUAUGGAGUGACGAUGUUGUGCCGGAUAACCGAGAAAGGGACAAGGGAUUGGGAAUACUCGCUCUCUUCUGUGUGCUGAUGACAGUGAAUGCAGAUGAAGAUGAAUCUGAGGAUUCGUUAGGCAUGAUUCGUUGCAUGACCUAGACACGCAGCUCAAGCUGAUAAGGAUGCUGAACUCAGGAACAAAAGAACUAGACAAGAUUCUGAACAGUCAAAUAAGAAGAGUGAGAAAGUAAGGUCUAGGAUAUCAAGGCGUCUCAAAUACGGAAUGUAUUCGUCAAAGGAAAGCAGAAGGAGCAAGCAUACGUAUCAGAAAGAAAAGAAGGCCACGCUAUUGGAUGCGCUCUACGGUUGA